AUGGAGACCCUUCGGUAUCUCAAAUAUAUCAAUCUCUCUUUUAACAAUUUAAGUGGUGAAAUUCCAUCCAAAGGGCCAUUUACAAACUGCACUGCCGAAUCCUUCGCUUCAAAUCAGGCCCUCUGUGGAGCUCGAAGGUUUCAUGUGCCCCCAUGUCCUAGUAUUUCAGCUCACAAAUUGAGAAUAAAAAAGCUGCAUCGAAACUUUUUUAUUUCACUCGGGGUAAUAAUAGCAGUGGGAGCCUUGUCCUUUGGAUUUGUUUACCUGAGAUAUCGAAAAAAAGAUGAAUUUUCCAGUGGAGCAGAUUUAUCCUUAGUUGCAAUGCUAGAAAGAAUUUCAUAUUUUGAACUUCUACAAGCAACUAACUGGUACAAUGAAAGCAAUUUGUUGGGGACUGGAAGCUUUGGAUCUGUUUAUAGAGGUACUCUUGAUGAUGGAAGGGAUGUGGCUGUUAAAGCGUUCAAUUUACAAGUCGAUGAAGCGUUCAAGAGUUUUGAUGUAGAAUGUGAGGUGUUGCGCAAUCUUCGCCAUCGAAACCUCACAAAAGUUAUUAGCAGCUGCUCUAAUCUUGAGUUUAAGAGAUUAGACAUAUUGAUUGAUGUUGCAUGUGCAUUGCAAUAUCUCCACUGUGAGUAUUCAACUCCAGUAAUUCACUGUGAUUUGAAACCGAGUAAUGUCCUGCUGGAUCAAGACAUGGUUGCCCAUCUCAGUGAUUUUGGCCUUACAAAAGUAUGGGUUGGAAGGAUUGGUAUCAGCAAAAUGCGACUCUACAGUUUUGGAAUUAUGCUAAUGGAAGUCUUCACAAGAACGAAUCCCAACAGUGAAAUAUUUGGUGAAAAAUUGAGCCUGAAGAGCUGGGUGGCUAAUUCAAUACCUGAUGGAUUAGCUCAUGUCAUAGAUGUUAAUUUGCUAAAGGAGAGUGAUGAAUCCAUUGGUGAAAAGCUAAGUUGCAUAGCCUCAAUCAUGAAAGUGGCUCUGGGCUGCACGAUGGAUUCUCCAAAAGAAAGAAGCAGCAUACAAGAUGUUCUUGUUGCGCUGAAAAAGAUGAAGCUUCAGUACACGAGUCCCCUCUGUUCAGGGACUUAA